AUGGUCAAGUCGAUGCGGGUGAGUCUCAUCCUUCCUCUCAUCUGCGCUGUCGCUUCGUUCGCGUUGACACUGGCGGCGAUUUUUUUACCCUUCUUUGUGGCGGUGCGGGAUGAAGCGGCGGCGGCGGCCAGCAAUGCCAACAGCAUUGGCGGUCACAACGACAAGGCGGAGGCCACUUUGUGGGAGAUGCGCACCUGGGGGCCACCGCAAGAUGGCUCCGACAGCAAAGAGGUCAUGCUCCUGCGCAAUUCCUACUUCACCUGCAAUGAAGGCAAGAUACGCAUCCAAGCAGCUGAGGGCGUUGCUAUUGCGGCAGUUGUGGUGGCAGUUACCAACUUAAUCAUGAGCGGCUUCUACAUCUAUGCCAGCGCCGUGAUACGCUUCCCGUUGGCCGUGUACUUCAUGCUGGGCGCCGUGGCUUCCGCGACUGUGUUUGUCCUGAUGCUGACUUGGUACUCCGCAGGCUGGUGUGAGGCGCAGCCGGGACUCAAGGAGGAGGUAGACAUGAAGUGGGUGUUCGGUAGUGGGUGGAUGCUUGCGGCUGCCUCCUGCGGCUGCUCGGUCAUUGGCUGCAUGGUCACAUCUAUCCCCUGGUGA